AUGGAAGUCAUGAUGAUGUAUGUGAUCUUCUUCCUUAAUGUGUGUCUUGGAGCAGAAACAACCGGAUUAUCGAGCUUAAGCCUUACAAAAUCUUUAUCCGUCGAGAAAGAAGGCGACUAUUUAAUCUCACCAAAAGGGACAUUUUCAAGUGGAUUCUACAAAGUGGGAACUAAUGCCUAUUCCUAUGCAAUCUGGUAUACCCACUCAUUGAACAAAACAGUUAUUUGGAUGGCUAACAGAGAUAAGCCAGUUAGUAGCAAAAGGUCGAGCCUUUCGCUACAAAGAACUGCCAAUCUAGUCUUAACCGAUGCAGAUGGUUCGAUUGCGUGGUCUAGUGACACUUAUUCGAAAACCCACGUGGAACUAAUGCUUCUCGAGUCGGGGAAUCUUAUUUUGGCUACAUACAACGGUCGAACUGUCGUAUGGGAGAGUUUCGGUCACCCAACCGACACGCUUGUACCGAACCAACCGCUUAUUAGGAACACGACUUUGGUUUCGGCGAGAAGACCAGGUAUUUAUUUAUCUGGUUUUUAUAAGUUGAAAUUUGAUGACAAUAAUGUCAUGAAUCUAAUCUAUGACGGUCCUUUGUAUUCAAGUGUUUAUUGGCCAAGAGUAGAUACAACUAUCUUUGUUAAUAAAAGGACACCUUAUAAUAGCUCUAGAAUAGCGGUUUUUAAUGAGAUGGGAAGUUUUAGAUCGAGUGAUAAUUUGAAGUUCAAUUCAACAGACUAUGGGUUAGGAUUUAAAAGACGGCUUACAUUGGAUUAUGAUGGAAUUCCGAGGCUUUACACCUUGGAUUCAUCAAACGGUCUCUGGGAAAUCUCAUGGCUUCCAGGAACUUCUUUAGAUUCUUGUAAGGUUCAUGGGAUUUGUGGUGCUAAUGGUAUUUGCGGUUAUACCCCUGUACCCACUUGCUUUUGUCCGGUUAUUUUCAACCAAACCGAUUCUUCGGAUUGGUCGAAAGGAUGCACGCCUCGGUUUAAUCUAUCGUGUGGCGUUUCGAUUUCGAACGAUGAGUUGGAUUUUAUCAAGCUUCUCAACACCGAUUACUAUGGUAAUGAUUUGAACACGUAUGGAAUUGGAAUGAGCUUUGAAAAAUGCAAAAAUGCUUGCCUUAAUGAUUGCAAGUGUGUAGGGUUUGGAUAUUCACAAGAUGGUAAGGGAGAAUGCUUUCCAAAAAGGAGUCUCUUAAAUGGAUAUCAUAUGCCAGACGUUACAAGAACCUUUCACAUCAAAGUUCCAAGAAAUAAUACGUUCAAUUCACAGCUAUUAUCCGGUUUGAAUUGCUCCAUGAAAGUUCUUGACCUAAACGUCCGUAACGUUCUAUACUACGAUGAUCAAGGACAAAAGAAUCCGUAUAUUAAAUACUUGAUUGCAUUUGUCGGUUCUUUUGCUGUCAUUGAAACUAUUUGUAUUGUCAUAGGAUGGCGGUUAAUCUUCCCAAGACAUAUUCAUGAAGAAUUUGAGAACAUGGGUUACAUUUUACUUGCCAUGGGAUUUAAGCGGUUCAGUUUGGCUGAGCUCAAACGAGCGACUCAGAACUUUAAGGAAGAGAUCGGAAAGGGAGGAUUCGGGACCGUUUAUAAAGGGGUUAUAGACAACGGAAGAGUCGUAGCCGUGAAGAGACUCGAAGGCGUUUUGCAAGGUGAAGCUGAAUUUUGGGCAGAGGUAAGCAUUAUAGGGAAGCUUAACCAUAAGAAUUUGGUGAAGUUGUGGGGAUUUUGUGUAGAUGAUGAUCAAAAACUUCUUGUGUAUGAAUAUAUGGAGAAUGGUUCAUUGGACAAGAACCUUUCGAGUUUGGACUUUGAUAAGAGAUAUAACAUUGCAUUAGGAACCGCCAAAGGAUUGUUGUACAUACACGAAGAAUGUCUCGAAUGGAUUUUACAUUGUGAUGUAAAGCCUCAAAACAUAUUGCUAGACGAACGACAUGAAGCGAAAGUGGCGGAUUUUGGCAUGUCAAAACUUUUGAAAGACAAUAGUGAAGUUAAUGAUACAAGUUUCUCGAGGGUUCGUGGAACUAGAGGUUACCUAGCGCCGGAAUGGAUGAAGAAUCAAACGAUAAAUGCCAAAGCAGAUGUAUAUAGUUAUGGGAUUGUCUUGUUGGAGCUUAUAAGUGGGAAGAGGGCUUGGUUUCCGGUAGUGAUGAAGCAAGACGAUGAUCAACAUGAAGGUUCGCUUAGCUCGGUAUUAAAACACAAAGGUCAUAAUCAUUUGAAAAAAGAUGAUGAUCAAUAUUAUCUCUUGGUGGAUUGGGUGAGGGAGAAGAUGAAAGAAGGGAAGAUUAUGGAAGUGCUAGAUCCGAGUAUUGGAGGUGAAUAUGACAAAGAGAAGGUGGAAAGGUUGAUGAGAGUUGCUUUAAUGUGUGUUCUUGAAGACCGUGAUAAAAGGCCGGCAAUGAGCGAAGUGGUGGAGCUUCUAACUCAAUACGAUGAAUGUUCACAAGGUCAAGAUGAUGAUGUUUGA